UCUCUCAUAUACGCGCACGCGCACACAGAACAAACCAUUUAUUUUUCCUUUGGGGGGGUGGGCAAUAUAUGGUGGACGAAGAAGAAGAGGAGGAGGAGGAAGAAGGGUUGAUGUGCUCUACGGCGUCGUCUAGCCGGAAAACUCGCCGGAGAGACGGCGGAGAAACGGCUCCGUACAAAGGUGUACGGAGGAGGAAGUGGGGGAAAUGGGUCGCUGAGAUACGUGAACCAAACAAAAGGUCGCGUUUAUGGUUAGGCUCUUACUCCUCCGCCGUCGCCGCCGCCAGGGCUUACGACAUCGCCGUCUUCUACCUCCGUGGGCCCUCCGCCCGCCUCAAUUUUCCCGACCUCUUGCCUCAAGAUGUCGCCGACGCCGGCGACGGAGCCGUCAUCUCUGCCGAUGCCAUAAGGAAGAAGGCGGCUGAGGUUGGCGCCACG